AUGAUAGAUGGAGCAGACAUGGAGGUCCCAAGGUUGGCUCUAUCAGAGAUCAUCAGUCAGGGAGCGAGGUGUGGUGUGCUCGUGCAUCCGUGUGUCUGUGUGUGUGUGUGUGUGUGUGUGUGUGUGUGUGUGUGUGUGUGUGUGUGUGUUAUUUAGUGUGUGUCAGUGAUGGAGUAGGUUAUUACAGUCUACAGGGACACUACUGCAGCAGCAAAGCUCCUUACUCUAGGCUACAUCCCAAAUGGCUCCCUAUUUAGUGCACUACUUUUGACCCAUAGGGCCCAUAUAGCUCUGGUCAAAAGUAGUGCACUAGAUAUGGAAUAGGGAGCCAUUUGGAACGCAUACUCCACUGUCUGUAAUACAACAUCUGACAACACUUUAACAAUAUGCUGACCUCAUACUACUUCUCCUACACACAUACACACACAAACUCUGGUGACUCUGAACUGAUGCACGUGAUUAGAAUAAGUGCCUGCUACUUGGGCCUAUGCUUUACUAAGGGUUUACUUAAUAAAUCUGCCGCUAUCAUGCAGAUUAAAUAUUGGCUACAUAAAGCGUAUUCAAGAGUUUAGUGCAUUACACAAUAAAUGGUUUGUGCCCUCUCAAUACCAAUAUCAAGUAUUAUUUCAAUUCAACUACGGCAGGACCAAUCAUCAAUUUAUGGCGUGUUCUGUUGUGAUAAAACAGGAAUCCCAGCAGGACCAAUCACGUGUCUUUUUAUUUCUUGUGACAUCACAGGACCCUUCGGUGACUCUGAACGUUCCGCUGGGUGCCAUUGGCCGGGUGGAGAAGAUGGGCGGAGCCUCCAGUCGGGGGGAGAACUCAUACGGGCUGGACAUCACCUGCAAGGUAAGAUACUUCAUCAUGGCCCUGACACCCCUAUUUUAUACACAAUGGUUCAGUCCUAGUCUGUCAGAUAUAAUCGGAAUGAACCAAUAUUUUAAUUUUUUUACAUUGUGCUCAGAGACGUUAAUUCCAGUCUUGGAUCAGGAAGUUACAACAUCAAAGACUACAACUAUUUAUUUUGUACUGACAGCAUUUUGUGUGCGUGUUUGUGUGUGUGUGUCUCCCAACAGGACAUGAGGAACCUGAGGUUUGCGCUGAAGCAAGAGGGCCACAGCAGAAGAGACAUCUUCGAUAUACUCUUUAGAUACGCCUUUCCACUAUCCCACGGCCUGGUACUUACACACCUUUUUUAUUUAGUCUCACCUGAUGUCAUUACCACUUUUAAUAACUGUUUAACAACUAUAUAAUUGUACAAGACAAGUGCUUUAUUAGAGUUUGUCAGUUUGAGGUGGCCUGUUAUUUGUCUUUGCACAUCAUUAGAGUAGAGUCAUCAAACAAUCACUCACAAAGAGCAGUUUACUUAGCGAAGCUCUCCCAUGUUGUUUGCGUGACAAAUACAACGUCUGUAAUGACAAGUCAAUCACAUUCUCUCUCUCCCUCAGCUUCUGUUUGCGUACCUGAGUCAGGAGAAAUAUGAAGAGAACGGCUGGAGUGUCUACAAGCCCAUAGAAGAGUUCAGGCGGCAGGUAAGCCUUAUCAUUGUCUUAUUAAAUGUGUCAUUACAUUGCUAUGACAAGUCUUAUAGGUUUUAUGUGUCUAUUGGGCCAGGUCCAAUGCCUCCGCUUUUAACUCAGUCACUUACAGGUAACUGCCAAAAUAUUGGAAACACUUGAGUAAAUGAGGGAUACGAAGUAUAUUGAAAGCAGAUGCUUCCACACAGGUGUGGGUCCUGACUUAAUUAAGCAAUUAACAUCACAUCAUGUUUAGGAUCAUGUAUAAAAAUGCUAGGCAGGCCAUUAUUUUGGCUUCCAUGUCUAUGCCCUCAUAGGAUGACAAUGCCCCCAUCCACAGGGUACGAGUGGUCACUAAAUGGUUUGAUGAGCAUGAAAACGAUGUAAACCAUAUGCUAUGGCCUCUCAGUCACCAGAUCUCAACCCAAUUGAACACUUAUGGGAGAUUCUGGAGCGGCGCCUGAGACAGCAUUUUCCACCACCAUCAAUAAAAUACCAAAUGAUGGAAUUUCUUGUGGAAGAAUGGUGUCGCAUCCCUCCAAUAGAGUUCCAGACAUCUAUGCCAAGGUGCAUUGAAGCUGUUCUGGCUUGUGGUGGCUAGGCUUGGGGGCGGUAUCAAGAUUUCUAUACCUUCAUACCGUGCCUGUGUCAUCCAGGGAUAUACAGUAUUACCGGUAGUGCACACAAGGGGCUAUAUAUUUUUUUUAAACGUAAAAAAAGCCCCAAAAAACGUCACUUACCAGAAUGCUAACAAAAUGCUUACAAGUACUAAGGAAUUAUCGUAGCAGAUGCUAGGUAAAUGCUAAUGAGCGCAUGCAAACAUUUACUACUAGGACAGACAACCCAGCGCAUAAAGUUAUGCAAGUAUCUCAAAACGCAGUUUUCAGCACGCACAAAACAAAUAUUAUGCAGCAGGGAUCUUAAUCCAGGAGGGGAUUGUCUCUGCUGCUGUUACCAAGAAGCUUGAUCUUGCAAGCUACUGUUAGUCACUUAGCUAACAUUAGCAAGUUAGCAAAACCCAGCUGGAGAGAAUUUAUUUGGCACAUCUUAGAUAGUUAACUUAAUAGUUAUAAGAUAUAUAGCUGGCAAACAUUAGUACAAGUGUAACUUGAUCACCUCACUUAAGUUGUGCUGCAGGAGUGACUCAACUCACAAAGCUCCCAUUUUGCUCGUUGUUCUUUGUAAACAAACACACAUGACUGUCUCAAACCGCUGUUUUCGGAAACUAGUACCGGUAAGCUUCAUAAUGAAAAAGUUUCAUAAUGUAAAAUGAUCUAACGGAGAAAUGAUAAACGCGAUCUGCUUUAUCUAUUAUCUAGUGCACAAGUUGACUGCAGGUAUUUAUUUAAAAAGUACUAAUCCUCAUAGAGAAUGCUAACUAAAUGCUAAUGAGCGCACAUUUUGUACAGUUUCUGACCUAAACUAUACGAGUAACUCAAAGAUGCUACUCACAGUUUGCUUAACGCACAAAAUGAAUAUUAGCCAGCAAGGCUCUUGAUCCAGGAAGGGAUUCUCUGCUGUUACCAAGUGAAUGCAUGAUUUUGGAAGAAGCUAACAUUUUACAUUUUAGUCAUUUAGCAGACGCUCUUAUCCAGAGCGACUUACAGUUAGUGAGUGCAUACAUUUUUCAUACUGGCCCCCUGUGGGAAUCGAACCCACAAUCCUGGUGUUGCAAGCGCCAUGCUCUACCAACUGAGCUACAGGAGGCCUUAGUUAGAUAGCUAACUAGCUACUAAAUUAGCUAACCAAAUGCACAACUGCAGAGCGUUUAGCACAUUUUAGACAGUUAACUUAAUAGUUAUAAGAUAUCUAGCUGGCAAACAUUUAGUUGUGAAUUCCAUACUGUAAUUAGAUCACCUGUUGCAUGCUACAUGACCGUGAGUGACUCACAAGGCUCUGGUCUCUUGUCGUUGUGUGCUUGUAAACAAACACCACGUGACUUGGGACUACCAUAAGCUACAUAAUAAUGUGACAGGUGAAAUGAAGAACGCAAUGUUCUUUAUCUCCUAAUGUAUUGCACAAGUUGACUGCAGGUAUUUACUUAAAAAGUAGCUACAAAUAUUCAAAUGUAUUUAAAAACUUCAAAGAAAUAGUUUCAACGGUGUUGACGGUAUUGAAAAACCAUCCUGUGGCUUUUUCCAAAUACCCCUGUAUACGGUAUAUACGGUAUACUGCCCAAGCCUAUUGGUGGCCCAACAUCCUAUUAAGACACUUUAUGUUGGUGUUUCUUUUAUUUUGGCAGUUACCUGUACUUAGUCUGUUUAAAUACUGUCCUCUUCCUGUCAUCAGUGAUGUAGUACUGGACCUCACCAAUAAUGCCUCCGAUUGAGUAACAACCUGUCAUCUCUUCUCUGAUUGGCUGUUUGUCUACCCCGGUCCCCAGGGCUUACCCACUGACAAGUGGCGUAUCACGUUCAUCAAUGAGAACUAUGAGCUGUGUGACACCUACCCCACCAUACUGGUGGUUCCCUUCAAAACUACAGAGGAAGACCUGAGGAAAGUGUCUACCUUCAGGUCGCGAGGACGCAUACCGGUAACUCCCCCUUUUCUCAUCCUAUCCUCACACUCUUCCUGCCCUCUCUCUAUUCACCUUAUCCCGCUUUCCUUCUUCCUUCUCCUUUCUUCUUUCUUUUCCUCCAUCUCUUUAUCCCUCUAUCAUAUCCCUCUGUUCUAUGUCUCUCUUACUUUCUUCCACCCAACCCCCCUCCCUCUCCCGCACCCCUCCGUCUCCCACCUCCAAACUUACCUAACACUCUCUCUCACUCGCUCUAACACUCCGUCUUUCUCUCUUUCUCCUCUCUCUCUAGGUCCUAUCCUGGAUCCACCGUGAGAACCAGGCCGUUAUCUGCCGCUGCUCCCAGCCUCUGGUGGGGAUGUCUGGGAAGAGGAACAAGGACGACGAGCGCUACCUGGACGUGAUCCGGGAGGCCAACGGCACUGCCAAGCUCACCAUCUACGACGCACGGCCUAGCGUCAAUGCCGUUGCCAACAAGGUCAGGGGACAAAGGUCACUGAAAGAUCACAAUGGGGUCAAUGGCUCAAAUAGGGACACUUCCACCCUUUUUAUUUACAUAUAUAGGGACGCUAGUGAGGAAUCUAUGGUAUGGAGUUUUUCAGGUGAUGUCCUACGUCACAGCAAAACUUUGCUACAUAGAGACAAAGGGUGAUACGGUGCAAUGUUUUGGAAGGAGGUGUGUUGGUUAUGGUGUCUUUUUGACAUCCACAGAGAAUGGACUGUUGUGUUCUCUUGUUGUCUACUGUAGGGCCUUGCUAGUAGUAUCCUACAUUGUUUACUGGUGUCAGAAGUCAGAACCGAGGAGGUAGAGUUUAGAAGCUAAGAGGACACAACUACACUGUGUGUGAGUGUGUAUUGGAGUGUGAUGUAACACACACCGCACAACGCUGCUGGGAGUGAAAUGGAAUGGAGUCUAUGAUGAUAAUCCCAAAAUGUCUGACACCCAAGUGAGAGGCUUUUAACAGCUAGCUACCCUCUGCACAUUGUGCCCACAGUGACUGAUCAAAACCCCAAAGCAUUUACAAAUGACCCUGUUUGAAUACCCUCAAGGGAGGAAUGGGUAGCACCUUGGAAUAAGGCAUUUAUAAUGGAUUAGUAAAUAGUUUAUUCAUAAUUUAUUAAUCAUCACUCCUACAUUUGUAGAUGUUAGUAAGCUAGUUAUUCACACAUUUAUAAACAUCUUUUAAAGUAUGUUAUGAUUCAUAAGAUCAUUCAUAAGAUGUUGAAUAUAGGUCCUUAUAAACCAUUUACUAAUCAUUAGUGAAAUCUUUUUGCAAGGCCUCAUCUAAAGUGAGGGCUAUUUAUACUUUAUAAAUACUUUAUAAAUGUUUAGAGUGACCAGUGUAAUUUAUCACAAAAAGAUGGACACGCCAUUGGUAGACAUUCCAGUAGUACCUGAUGCUCCUUAAGGUCUCAAAAUGGCCCCUAUAAUUAUUUUGUCAGUAUUCAAACAGGCUCAGUGAUUUUUUGUCUAUGAAUGAUGACAUCACUCUCUAACCUUAACCCCUGACCUCUAACCUCUAUCCCAUCCUUAUAGGCCACGGGUGGGGGUUACGAGGGUGACGACACGUAUCAGAACGCUGAGCUGGUGUUUCUGGACAUACACAACAUCCACGUCAUGAGAGAGUCACUGAAGAAGCUAAAGGACAUUGUCUAUCCCAAUGUAGAGGAGUCACACUGGCUGUCUAGUCUGGAGUCUACACACUGGCUAGAACACAUCAAGGUAGGGAUUUGCACACAUGUACGCAUGCACCAGGGUUGGGCUCAAUUCGAAUUGAAGUCAGUCAAUUCAGGAAGUGAUUUGAAUAAAAAAUAAAUAGCUUCUCCCUUUCAGUUUAUCAAGACGUUUUUGUCAAUCAUUGAAUUGGAAUUUCAGUUUGCUUCCUGAAUUGACUGCCUUCAAUUAGAAUUGAGCCCAACCCUGCCUCUCCUCUUCUCUAGCUGGUGUAAUUGGGACCCAUCCAGGUAGCAGAUAAGAUCAGUGGGGAUAACAGAGUGGUGGUCCACUGCAGUGACUUUAACUCUCUUCUUCUCUCUCUCGCUCUCUCUUACUGUCUUUCUCUCUCUCCAGCUCGUCCUCUCCGGAGCCAUCCAGGUAGCAGAUAAGAUAUCGGGGGGUAACUCUGUGGUGGUCCACUGUAGUGAUGGGUGGGACCGGACGGCCCAGCUCACCUCUCUGGCCAUGCUGAUGCUGGACAGCCACUACCGCACCCUCAGGGGCUUCCAGGUGAGUAGGAGGGAUGGCGGGAGGAAGGAAGGGGGGGAGGGAAGGGAGAGAAUGAGAAGGGGUAAGGGAAGAACAAGGGUUCCACGUAUGUAUGAAUUGUUGUACUCAAAUUGAUGAGACAACUAGCUGUAUAAAUAUGAAUCAUUCAUUCAUUCAGGUACUGCUGGAGAAGGAGUGGAUCAGUUUUGGACACAAGUUUGCCUCCGUAAGUCAGACAAAGGCUUUUUGUUCUCCUCGUAGACAUUUAAUCACAUUUAUGAUCAGGAAAACCAGGCUCUGUGCUGUCCAUGUUCAGAGUUUUUUUUAUUUCUAUAUAACUAAUUAUUUCUAGAAACGUAUGUGUGCCCUCACUCUUGCAUGAAACUGUGUCCCAGGGCUGCAAUUGUCACUCCAGUUUUUUUAUGUGAAGUGAUGUACCAGCUGUUAUACAACUUCCCUGUUGAGAGCAACUAUACUGUCUGCAAUGUUAUGACAGUCUUAUUGCAUAGAUAUCACCUCUGUCUAACAGUAUGUAAAUGACCAGAAAGUACAAACUACAGUGACAGGAAGCUGAUAACACGCCAUAUUGUUUCUCUGUCUGUGUAUGUAUGUAUGUAUGUAUGUGUAGAGGAUAGGACACGGGGAUAAGAACCAUGCAGACCAGGAUAGGUCUCCUAUCUUUGUACAGUUCAUAGACUGUGUCUGGCAGAUGACCAAACAGGUAGGUACACAUACACACACUCACCUGUGUAUGGCUACGGCUCUAUCUCAAUCUUUCUCCACCUUCUCAACUGUAUUGGAGGAGAAGGUCCAAGGGUUCUCCCCUUGUACCUUCUUCUCCAAUGGGUUUUGAGAAGGAAGUAAGGAGAGAGGAUGCAAGGAAUCAAGGAAAGAUGAACUGAGACAGAGCCUACGAGUUGUUUUCGAACCAGGCUUUACAUUUCCCUCUUUCUCCUUCUCCUCUCUUCUCUCCUUUUUUCCCCAUCAGUUCCCGACAGCGUUUGAGUUCAACGAGCGGCUCCUAGUGACCAUCCUGGACCACCUGUUCAGCUGUCGCUUUGGAACCUUCCUCUACAACUGUGAAAGCGCUAGGGACACCAACGUAAGUCAGACUGUUACGAUCUCUUUAUCACUCUAUUUCUGUCACUUUCCUUAUUCUCUCCUCAAAAUCUAUUUUUUCCUCUCUCUGUUUAUCGCUCUCUCUGUUCCUCUACAACUGCAAGUAUCUGAGACCACAACAUAAUGAGUCAGAGCCCCACUUCUCUAUCUUUUGGUCAUUUCCUCCUUUCUAAUACCCUCUCUUCUCUACAAUAUUUCUCUUUCUCUUCAUCUCCAACCCUUUCCCUAUCUAUAAUAUUUCUGUCUCCCUCUCUUUGUCCCCCCACUCUCCCUCCCCCUCCCUCUCUCCAUCCUGAUCAUGUGAAGUAGAGCAGAAGAAAGAUGGGACGCAUCGCUGGUUCUGAGUUUCAAACAGACAGGAAUCAUGCACUAUGGGGGGAUGCAACACACAGUAGUACACACUGCACUGUCACUCUAUGACACAAACAAAGAGACUGUCUGUGCAACAGCACAUCUAGAAAACACAGAUACCCUCUUAUCUACACACACCUCUCCCUUUACACCCCAGUGUAAAAAUCUGUGGACUGCAUAAGGGUCAAAUUAUUUGUAUUCUUCCCCUCCAGGAGGUUCGGUGUAAGACGGUGUCUCUGUGGUCAUUGGUGAACAGUGAUGCUUCCCACUUCUCUCUCUCUCGCUCUCUCUCUCUCUCUAAAUAAAGUAGUAUACUCCUCUCCAGGAGGUGCGGUCUAAGACGGUGUCCCUGUGGUCGUUGAUGAACCUGAACCCCUUCUCUCUCUUCCUCCGUCCCGCUCUCUCACUCUCUCUAAACAAAUUAUUUGUCUUCUUCUCUCCUCCUCUCUCUCCAGGAGCUGCGGUCUAAGACUGUGUCCCUGUGGUCAUUGGUGAACAGUGACUAUACUUCCUACCUGAACCCCUUCUACACUCCUGAGUCCGGUAGGGUCCUCUACCCCGUAGCCAGCAUGAGACACCUAGAGCUCUGGGUGACUUAUUACAUCCGCUGGAACCCACGCAUACGACAACAGGUAGAGAUGGAUGAGGGGAGGGGAUGGGAGGAUGGAUGGAUGAAUAAAUGAAAGUAUGGUUACACUUUGCUCUCUGUAAUAAGGCUCCAUAACACUGUCAUAACGGCAUAAGCGGACAUUGCCGCUUAUGACAACUGACAUUACACAGUCAUAUCACACAUUUAGUCCAGUUAAUAUACUGUAUCGUUAUCUAGACCCUCGUUCAUAAGGCCUACAUAAUACUGCUAUAACAAUCACAUAACCAAUGUCCUAAAUAGUUAAUGUGAACUUUUGACAACUGAUGUUACACAGUUAUAACAUAAAUGUAAUCCAUGUAAGCUAGUUGGCUAGCUGACUUUUUGUUAGGAUUUAGCCAAAACACAGAAUAUACCAUACUGUCAGUCAAAUACACCGGCCAAUCAGUUGGGGUUAUCUUGUGGUCAGUCUGAGUGUGAAAUAUCGCCUCAGGGGAUUGGUUGGUUUGGCAGCAGUGAUGCCGUGGCAUCCUAUAGGGCUCACAGUGUGUGUGUAAAUUAAAUAAUAAUUGUGUAUGUGUGUAGAGCACCCGCUGCCUGCCCCCUCCAGUUCUUACACACACACACACACCACUAAACACCCUUCUUUCCCUCUAACUCUUUUAACCCCCCUCCCGUCCUCAACACACACAUACACACAGACAUUCACCCACACCCCCAACACCCACUCUUGCCCAAACAUCCCUCGCCCCCCUCGGCAUGGCCUGAGUCACUGGAGCUGAAAAUCCACUUUACACAAAACACCUACACACACAGUCAACCAUGAUUCCCCAAAUUAUAUUCUCCUCCAUUUCCACUAACUGAAGUUAACUGUAAGGAUUGUUUUCCUAAUAGUGUAAAAUUAACAGCUGUACAGAAAGACUCAUGUGAGGGCCAAAUUGCAGAGGAGGAACUUCUUGAUGCAAUUAAAGCCUUUAAGCCAGGGAAAACUCCAGGGCUGGAUGGCAUACCAGUUGAGGUAUAUCAAACCUUUUUUGAUGUACUCAAAGAUCCACUAUUAGCAUGUUUUAACCACUCCUAUAAAAAUGGUAAACUAUCAAGUACUCAGCAAGAAGGUCCGAUUUCACUAUUACUGAAACAGGACCCAGGUGGUAAGUAUAAAGAUCCAGUCCACCUAAAAAACUGGAGGCCCCUUACACUUCAGUGUUGUGAUGCAAAAAUCCUAGCAAAAUGCAUAGCGCAUAAAAUUAAAAAGGUAUUGUCCGAUAUUAUUCAUCCUAAUCAGACAGGUUUUUUACAUGGAUGAUACAUUGGAGAUAAUAUAAGACAAGUACUGGAAACUAGAAAAUCUGGAAACCCAGGUAUUCAUAGCAGAUUUUGAAAAGGCUUUUGAUAAAGUAUGACAUAAAUAACGGCCUGGACUAUUUUAAUUUAGGAGAAUCUCUUAUACAAUGGGUUCAAGUUAUUAGUUUAUUAGUUAGUAAAAUAACAAAUAAUGGCUACUUCUCAGAAAGAAUUAAACUGUCGGAGUAAAACAAGGUUGUCCGCUGUCGGCGUAUCUAUUUAUUAAGGCCAUAAAAUGUUAGCUAUUAACAUCAAAUCCAACAAUAAUAUAGAGGGGCUAGAAAUCCAAGGCUUAAAAACAAAUGUGUCAUUGUAUGCUGACAACUCAGGUUUCUUCUUAAAUUCGCAAUCUGGAUCCCUGCACAGUCUCAUAAAAGGAUCUAGAUAAUUUUUCAAACCUCUCUGGAUUACAACUGAACUAUUGUACGAUAAGUGUACCAUAUUACGUAUUGGAUCGCUACAAAAUACAACUUUUACAUUACCGUGUAGUUUACCAAUAAAAUGGUCUGACGGUGAAGUGGACAUACUCAGUAUUCAUAUCCCUAAAGAAAUAAAUGACUUCACUACAACAAAUUUCUAUAGAAAGUUAGCAAAAAUAGAUAAGAUCUUGCUACCAUAGAACAGAGUGCUGACUGAAGAGUUGGAUUAAAGAGGAACCUCACAUUAAUAUCAAUGCAGAAUUGACAGAAAAAUAGUCUCUUAUUGAAUCUCAAGUCAGGAUUGAGUCCUUUGACCAUAUGUUGUAGGGUCUAUUUGUGGAAAAAUCUCCCUGAUUAAUUAUUUAGUCAUAUCCCAGUUUACCUAUUUACUUAUGGCCCUGCAUAUGCUGAACAAUUCGUUUUGUUUCAUUAUAUGAGCAAAAUAUAUUUCACAUUAUUUGGAACGAAAAGCCGGCAGGUAGCUUAGUGGGUAAGAGCGUUGUGCCAGUAACCGAAAGGUCGCUGGUUCUAAUCCCCGAGCCGACUAGGUGAAAAAUCUGUCUGUGCCCUUAAGCAAGGCACUUAACCCUAAUUGCUCAUGUAAGUCGCUCUGGAUAAGAGCGUCUGCUAAAUGACUUUUAUAUAUUAUAUUAUAUACAAAAUUAAACGUGCUUAAUUGUGUGAUGAAUAUGAGUUUGGGGGGCUAAAAUUAUUAAAUAUUAAAUCAUUAAACCUCUCACUAAAAGCAUCAGUCAUACAAAACAUAUAUUUAAACCUGAACUGGUUCUACAGUAGAUUAGUUAGAAUGGCUCACGCCUUGUUAAAAAAUGGCCUUUUCCCCUUUAUCCAGAUUACAACCUCUCACUUUGUUAAUUGAAAAUGGAACCAUUUUCUAAAUAUUGCCCUUUCUAAAACAAGCCAUACAUAGCUGGUUGCAAUUCCAGUUUCAUCCCCCAGAAAAGACAGAACAAAUACUACAACAAAUAUUAUGGUUAAACUCAAAUAUACUAAUUGAUAAAAAAAAAAAAAACAUUCUUUAUGGAAUAAAAAUAAAUAAAUAAGGAACUUUAGUAAUGAUAUUAUGAAUAGGAAAGGUGGAGUAAUGUCACAUGUGCAGUUAGAGCAAACAUUUCCAUGUAUUUUUAUAAAAUAAAAAUAUACCUGUUUCAUUUGAGGACCAAAAUGUUGACAACGGCGUGAUACAGGUUGCAAAAUAGUUGGGAAGAGAUUUUCAAUGUGCCAAUUCCAUGGCUGUUUUUUUCUAUUGAAAUUAUUAUACAAAAUUCUUGCCAACAACAGAAUGUUAUGGGCUUACAACCAUCUUAACUGACAGAAUCAUUAGAUCAUUUAUUCUGGUAUUGCCCCUAUGUAGCUUGUUUCUGGUCACAGGUUCAGGAAUGGCUGAAAAAUCACAACAUUUACCUAAAAUGAACCCUACAAAUAGCACUGUUAGGGAGAUUUGGAAAGCCAUAGUCAAUCAAUCAUCAAUAUAUCGAAAUUGAGCUCAGGUGCAUCCUGUUUCCGUUGAGCAUCCUUGAGAUGUUUCUACAACUUGAUUGGAGUCCACCUGUGAUAAAUUCAAUUGAUUGGACAUGAUUUGGAAAGAUCCUUGAUGAAAACCUGCUCCAGAGCGCUCAGGACCUCAGACUGGGGCGAAGGUUCACCUUCCAACAGGACAACAACCCUAAGCACACAGCCAAGACAACCCAGGAGUGGCUUCGGGACAAGUCUCUGAAUGUCCUUGAAUUGCCCAGCCAGAGCCCGGACUUGAACCCGAUCGAACAUCUCUGGAGAGACCUGAAAAUAGCUGUGCAGUGACUCUCUUCAUCCAACCUGACAAAGCUUGAGAGGAUCUGCAGAGAAGAAUGGGGGAAACUCCCCAAAUACAGGUGUGCUAAGCUUGUAGCGUCAUACCCAAGAAGACUCGAGGCUGUAAUCGCUGCCAAAGGUGCUUCAGCAAAGUACUGAGUAAAGGGUCUGAAUACUUAUGUAAAUGUAAUAUUUCAGUUUUAAUUUUUUUAUAGAUUUGCUAAAAUUUAUAAAAAACCAGUUUUUGCUUUGUCAUCAUGGGGUAUUGUGUGUAGAUUGAUGGGGAAAAAACGAUUUAAUCCAUUUUAAAAUAUGGCUGUAACGUAGCAAAAUGUGGAAAAAGUCAAGGGGUCUGAAUAGUUUCAGAAUGCACUGUAAUAGUUAUGACUGAAAACACAAUAUAUAAUGUGUACAGUAUGUCAUAUGUCGAACUCAUUCCACGGAGGGCAGAGUGUCUGCGGGUUUCUUGUACUUGGUUGAUGAAUUAAGGUCACUAAUUAGUAAGGAACUCCACUCACCUGGUUGUCUCGGGCUUAAUUAAAAGGAAAAUCCAAAACCCAGCAGACACUAGGCCCUCCAUGGAAUGAGUUUGACACCCCUGUGUUUAAGUACUAUCUAUCCAGAUGUAAUGUAUAUCAAAUAACUAUAUUAUUGCUAUGUACUGUUACUACUGUGGGAACAAAUGCCAUGUAUGUAAAAUGUGUGUAGAAUGUACAUGUAAAAAAAAAAACUAAAAAAACAUCUGUCUGUACACCUCUUUCUUUGUUUAUAUGCUGAUCUUUUUCCAUUGUUUGCAUAUCAUUAAAGUAUUUUUCUCUCUCUCCCCCACACCUCCUCUCUCACCCCUCUCUCACUCUCCCCUCCUCAUCCCGCUCCCUACCCCCCCCCCUCUCUCUCUCUCUCCCUCUUCGCUCCACAUCAGCCAUCCCCCAUCUCACCUAUCAUCUUCUCUCGUCUCUCCAUCUCACUUCUCACUCUCUCCUCUCUCUCUGCUAUCAGUCCUAUCUAUCUCUCUAUCUCUCUCUCGUCUCUCUCUCUCUGGUCUCUCUGGCUCUGUCUCUGUUCUCUCUCGAUCGUGUCUUCUCUCUCUAGGUCUUCUUUCUAGUCUCUCUCUUAUCUUUCUCUGUCUCUCUCUUUCUUUCUCUGUUCUUCUUUCUUUCUGUCCGAGCAGAAUGUCCUGGCAGAGUCCGUACUACUUCCUCUCCCUUGCCUACUCCUCGCCUCUAUAUCUCCUCUCUCCUCUAUCUCUCCUCUCCUCUCUCCCUCUCCUAGUCCUCAUCGUCUCCCUCCUCUUCCUUCUCCUCUCCUCUCUCUCCUCUCCUCUCCUCUCUCUCUCUCUCUCGUCUGCACCACCUGGUGGUGUUUAUUAUGUUAUCCCUUCUCCUCCCCCUUUGCCUCUAUCCCCUCUCCUCUCCUUCCCCUCAUCUUUCCCCAUCCCUCCUCUCAUCUUUCCCCAUCCCUCCUCUCUCUCAUCCCCCUCUCUCUGCUUCCACCUGGUGGUGGUUGUAAUCUAUUCUAUCCUAUCAUACUCUACUCUACCCGUCUCUAUUCUAUUCUGCAGCAGCAGAGUCCAGUGGAACAGCGUUACAUGGAGCUCCUGGCACUGAGAGAUGAAUACCUGAAAAAGCUAGAGGAACUGCAGCUCACUGACUCCUCCCCUAACUCCUCCCACCUAUCAAAUAGCUCUGCCCCCAACGCCGCCUCGCCCACGCAGCACAUCACGCACCUGCACACCCCUUUCUGA